GCAGAUACUGUUCUUGAAAAGGAAAGAAAACAUGGCUUAUACAGUGGAUGAACCUUAAACUCCUGGACCAAAAACUGAGGCUUUUUUCAUGAAGGAUGGCAACACCAUAUGUUCCUGUUCCUAUUCCUAUUGGAAAUUCAUCAUCCAGCUUUACAAACAGAAACCAAAGACGUUCUUCUUUUGGAAGCAUCUCAACGAGUUCCAGCUCCUCAAAGGGACCGCUGGAGGACUCUACAAUUGGUAGUUUUAAAAAGAUGGACGUGCCUGACCAGCUUGGUUCUACGUCAUCUGUAUGUAGUAGUCCACUUGUUAGGACUAAGUUUACUGGUAUGGAUACAUCCAUAGAGUACUGUACUCAACCUGUAGAAGAAAUAGAGCAGAAUACAGAUUCCAGGAGUUGGGAAGAUCGACCGUCCACACCUACUAUACUGGGUUAUGAGGUGAUGGAGGAAAGGGCAAAAUUCACUGUGUACAAAAUACUGGUAAAAAGAAGUCCAGAAGAAAGUUGGGUGGUUUUCAGACGAUACACUGACUUCUCCAGGCUUAAUGACAAGCUAAAAGAUAUGUUUCCAGGCUUUCGGCUCGCUCUUCCUCCGAAGCGCUGGUUCAAGGAUAAUUAUAAUCCUGACUUCUUGGAAGAUAGACAGUUGGGGCUACAAGCAUUCCUCCAGAAUUUAGUAGCUCACAAAGAUAUUGCUAACUGUCUUGCAGUGAGAGAAUUUCUUUGUCUGGACGAUCCUCCAGGUCCUUUUGACAGUCUAGAAGAGAGCAGGGCUUUCUGUGAAACUCUGGAGGAAACAAACUACCGUCUGCAAAAAGAAUUGCUUGAAAAACAAAGGGAGGUUGAAUCACUGAAGAAAUUAUUAAGUGAAAAGCAACUCCAUAUAGAUGCUAUUGAAAGAAGGAUUAGGGAUUUAUCUUUAGGAAAAAUGACUCGUCAGAUGUCAGGAGAAGAAAGUGAGUGCAGUGGUGAGGUGGAGUCUUCUGCAGUAGAAGCAGACCAGGGUGCCCUGCCUGAGGACAGCUGCUCAGAUAAGGAGAACCACGAGGCAUGCUGGAGUGGCUCUUUGGUUGAAAAAUCUGUACCAGAAAUUGAAGUUGCUGAAGUAGCAUAUAGCACUGAUGAAGAGUAGAUCAGCAGCAGCUGCUGUUACCUGGGACAGGUUUGUGUUUGGGACAUCUUCUGUGGGUGAGGGCAUGGAGCAGCUGUGAAGAGUUUACAGCAAAGAGCAAGAAUGCACAUAUUGAAUGUUUACAUACAUCCUUACAAAUUAUUAACAUAAGAAAUAUAGCCAGUGCUGCUUUGAUAUCAGUUUUUAUCUAGCCUUUAUAUAUUUAAUAUAUUAAAGUCUAAGAAAGGGCUAAAGUCAGCUGAAGUUUUGAUAGUGUAUAUAAACGAUUUGGCUGACUGUCCUGGCGGAGUGACAAAAACUUCACACCAAUCAGCAAACACACCUAACUAGCAUGUCAUAUGUUGCCACUGAUGUGACAGGUUUGAUGUGUUCAUCUGUUUGGUAUUUGUGUUUUCAUAUUCUUGUAGCCAUAAGUUAAUGCUCAUUGAAGUAAAAACGGACUCAUCUUUCGUUUAAUAAGAUUGUAGAAUGUGUUGGUUUUAAAUUGUUAAGUUGAAGAAUAUUUCUCUGGAAAUUUUAAUGCAAUGCAAUACAAUGGGAAAACUUAUAGUAUCAAGAGAAAAGUACUUACAAAAUGGGAUAAUAGUUGGACAUUUUUUUUAAAUGGUCAUUUUUGCUGAAGGAACUAAUAUGAGACCCCCCAAAACACUGUGUAUUUUCAUCCCAAAAUAGCAUGCCUGUAAUACUUUUUGUUUGGUAAUGCUGCUUUUAAAAUCUGGGAUACCUUUGCUGUAUACCCAUGUAACGAUAAAAUCGGUGAGUUUGCCUUUUACUUGGAACACUACCUCUUACCAACUUGCUAAUACGUUCAUGUUUGCUUAAAAAUAUUCCAGAUUAUAUGGAAAUGGUGGAAAGACUUGUAAAGAAGCCAUAUUUUUUUCCUGCACAGUUCAUAACUAGAUUGAAUCUAGUUGCAGUGUAUUUUUGUUUCAAUAUAUUGUACACAUGGGGAUUUCGCACCCAUGCUAUAUAGCCUAUUUUUCAAAAUGUAUUAAGACAGGAGAUGCACUUUAUGAUUAAGACUCCAUUGUGCCAAGUUCAGUUGGCUAAUUGGUUGAGAAAGGGUAGUUGCAGGGAGAGGUUUAUGUAGUGCCUUUUUGUAUUUUACUUGUUCAUUACUGCAGAAUUUUGUUACAGUGCUCUGGGUCAGCUCUGUGGAAUUGUUAAUACAGCUUGUUUCUUUUCUUCACUUAUUUACUGAAAGUGCCUUGUUUUAUUCUGCUUUUCCAAUAGGAAGAAUGCUGUUUUGUUUAAAUCUUUUUUUCUCCCUAUACCACCCACAUUGUUGUUUAAUGUUGUCAAUAUGCAGUGUCUUUGUGCUGGAGUUUUCAAAGGGAGCUUUGUACUUCAGGCUGUGCAUACAAUGACCUUUAUGCAGAACUAUAUAAACCUUCCUGGUGAAAUAAAACUAUGGACAAAA